CCUAGCGAGGGGCUGUAAACAGCGCGACGGGACCGGCCCAAUGCUGGUGCCGUUGGCCCGGCCGCCGCCACCGCCUUCUCUUCUCCUGCCGUCUUUCCGCACGGGUCCGGCGGCACGGCCAGACGCGGCGGCAGCCGGGGGACGGCGGGCUCCGCGGCCCUUGGCGGCUCCCGAGACCGAGACGUGAUCCCGUUCCCGGCUCCUUCUCAGUUUCAGACAACUGUGAAUAAUGUGAACAAAGCAGUAGUAACAGAUUUCUUGCUGACUAUCUGAACACUGAAGCACAGGGCUGAAGCCUGGCAUGGAGGAGAUCCCAGUUAAAGUUGCAGUCCGAGUCAGACCUCUGCUUUCCAAAGAAAUACUUCAUAACCACCAAGUGUGUGUCAGAUUAGUCCCAAAUGCGAAACAAAUUAUCAUUGGAAAGGACCAUGUCUUCACUUUUGAUUUUGUAUUUGGCAAAAGCUCAACCCAAGAAGAAGUUUAUACUGUUUGCAUUAAGCCUCUUCUGGUGUCUCUGACUGAGGGAUACAAUGCUACAGUGUUUGCAUAUGGACAGACUGGUUCUGGGAAGACUUACACCAUUGGCGGUGACCACAUUGCAUCAGUUGCAGUGGAUGAAAAAGGCAUAAUCCCACGGGCUAUUCAGGAAUUAUUUCAGCAUAUUUCUGAAAACCGUAAUAUUAACUUCUAUGUGAAAGUAUCUUAUAUAGAGGUUUACAAGGAAGAACUUCGAGAUUUGUUGGAGCUGGAGACCUCUGUGAAAGAAUUACAUAUCCGAGAAGAUGAGAAGGGAAAUACAGUGAUCGUUGGUGCUAAAGAAUUCCAAGUAGAAUGUGCAGAUGAAGUGAUAAGCCUGCUGGAAAGUGGCAAUGCGGCUCGUCGCACAGGCACAACGCAGAUGAAUGAGCACUCUAGUCGAUCUCAUGCCAUUUUUACCAUCAGUAUUUGUCAGAAGCAAUCUGCAGAGUCUCAAAAAAAUACUGAUGCUGCACGGGAUUUGAUCGCUUCGAAGUUUCAUUUCGUGGAUUUGGCAGGAUCAGAGAGGGUAGCAAAAACUGGAAAUACUGGUGAACGCUUCAAAGAGUCAAUUCAGAUCAACAGUGGUCUCUUAGCCUUGGGAAAUGUCAUCAGUGCCCUUGGAGACCCAAAAAGGAAAAGUGUACAUAUUCCAUACAGGGAUGCUAAAAUCACUCGUAUUCUGAAGGACUCCCUUGGAGGAAAUGCCAAGACUGUUAUGAUAACAUGUAUAAGUCCAUCCUCACUGGACUUUGAUGAAUCUUUAAAUUCUCUCAAAUAUGCCAACAGAGCCAAAAAUAUUAGAAAUAAACCGGUAGUAAAUUACAACCCCGAAAAAGACCGCAUUGAUGAAAUGGAACUUGAAAUCAGAUUACUUCGGGAUGCUUUGCAGAACCAGCAGAUCAGUAAUCAGUAUUUACAUGACUUAAAUGAAGAAAAAGCUCGUAUCAGUUCACUCGAGGAGCAGCUCACCCGCCUUCAGGUUCAGUAUUUCAGUUACAGAAAUUGUGUAGAUGAAGCCUUCCCCUUUCUACUUGAUUUGAAUGAUGACGUUAGCUUAAGAAGAAGUCAGCGGGACAGGUUACAGAGGUGGAUCACUAUGGUACAGAAAGUAAGGAAGGAAGCUCUCACCGUCCAAGAAACUGACACAGGGACUGAGAUCAGCCCAGAGCCACAUCAUGUCAUGAUUCUUCAGCUAAAGAAGGAACUAAAGAAAUGCCAGCAGGCACUAGUUAUGGAUGAAGAAGUAUUCAGCCAGAAGGAUCGUGAAGUCCAGAUACUACAGAAUCAGAUAAAGAAAUUACUACAGGAAAAUGAAGAACAACUGGAAUCUUUAAAGGAGGCUCAAGAAACACAUAGAUUACAGACUGAGAAAAUGGUAGAACAGCAAAUGCUUAUUGAUCAGCUAAAAGAAAAAUUAGAGAAGAUUACAGAUGUGAAAACUUUAGGUAUCUCAAAUGCUUGUGAAGAUGGGUCACCAUUUGCGAGGAGGCCCUACAGUGUCCCACUCACAAAAAAUCUGCUACGCUCCCUUCACCCAUCUUCAGGUACAGAGACCCAAAAGGUGUAUACCAGCCCCUGUGCCUUCUCCCUGGACAGGAUAAUGGCAGAAUUCCAUGCUCGCAGACAGAUGAUACUGAGCAAGAUAGAAGAUCAGGAUAAAGUCCUUCACUGCCACCUCUCUGAUCAGAGUGAUGAAGAGGAAGAAAAUACAGGCAGCAAAGACAAAACCUCAUUUAAGCAUUCCAUAAACCAAACAUGGACACAAAAUCAGGCUUCUCUGUGCACUCUUCCUGAUCUAAGUGACAUGAAAUGUCAAAUAAACAAGUCUGGUUUAUCCAACAAAUUUGUGCUACAGAUUGACACAGCCACAGGUGAAAAGAUUGACAGCCUCCAGAAAAUUCAUGUUUUUAACAUGCAGAAGUUGAAGAUUUCAGAGUUGAGAUUCACUGAGACUGAGCAAAAAAUAAGAGAACUUGCACUUAAUAUCAAAAGGAAAGAGGAACUUAUUAAGGAAUUAGUAAGAACAGGUAAGGAUGCUCAGUCUGUAAGUAGGCAAUAUUCUUUGAAGAUAACUAAACUGGAGCAAGAAACUGAACAGGCCAAAAUGGAACUGGCUGAAACACAAAAGCAGCUUCAGGAGCUGGACAGUAAAGAGGUGAGAGAUGUUCCUGAGAAAGUCAAGUUACAAAAAGAGUUCCGGAAGAAGAUGGAUGCAGCUAAGUUGAAAGUGCAGGCCUUACAGAAGAAGCAGCAAGACACUAAGAAUCUGGCUUCCUUAUCUAACCAAAGUGAGAGAGAAGCAACGGAACUUGAGCAGAACGUGGCUCAGAUGAAGGAUCAGCAAUCCCAGAUACAGAAGAGACUGUAUGAGGAGAGUGAAAAAAAGAAGCAACUAGAAGCAGAACUUCAGCAGGACCAGCAACAAAUUAAGGAAUUUCAACUUAAGAUGGAGCAACAACAGAAGAUCCUUGAACUGAAGGAUAAAGAAAUUGCUGCUUUCAACAAGAAGAAAAAUAACUCUGUGGGAACUCCACAUAAACUACAGAAAUUAGAAGAGCAAAAGAAGUGGUUGGAUGAAGAAAUGGAAAGAAUUCUUCAACAACACCAACAGUUAGCAGAACUAGAAGAAGAUUUAAAGAAAAGAGAAGCCAUUGUAGCCAAAAAAGAAGCAUUAUUGCAAGAGAAAAGCCACCUGGAAAUCAAGAAAUUGAGAUCUAGCCAGGCCUUAAACAAAGAUAGUGUGAAAUUGUCUGCUCGCUUAAGUAUACUGGAUCAGGAGCUGUGUGAUAAAAGUAUGCAGCUUCAGGGCAGCACCACUGAAGACAAGACAGACAUUUUGGAAAAAAUUCAGGUUCUCCACAUGGAAAGGGAUCAGCUGCUCAGAAGGAGAAAUAGUGUGGAUGAGAAACUGAGAGAAAAUAAAGUGUUGUCAACUGAAGAAGAACAUGUCCUUUUCCAGCUAGAAGAAGGAAUUGAAGCUCUGGAGGCUGCUAUUGAUUACAAGAAUGAAAGUAUUUAUAAUCGCCAGCACUUGCUUAGGUCAUCUUCUCAGAGUCUUUCACAGAGUGAGAAUAAUGUAUUAGCAAAACUAGUUUCCCUGUCUGCUGCUGAGCUCAGAGCUAUUAUCAUCAAUUAUUUCAACAAGAUUGUUGGCCUACGUGAGUCUGAACGAAAAUUACAACUGCAGAUUGAAGAACAGGAAAUGAAGGCUAUGGACCGGGAAAACAUAAUACGUGAAUUAGAAUCAGCACUUGGACACAUGAAGUUGCAGUGUGACAGGCAGCUCACCCUCCAGCGCAAAGAACACCAGAAAAAAAUACAGUUGAUAUUGCAUCAUUUGAAAGAACAAGAGAGUGAAGGUAUUGCAGAAACCUUGGAAGGGUAUGAAGUAAAAGUCCAGCAACUGGAAAAGGAAUUAUUUUUCUAUAAGAAAACCAGCAGAGAGCUGAAGAAGAAAUUGAAGCGCCUCUUUGGAGAGACAUCUCAUCAAAUAUUGCCAUCCAGUAAAUAAUCCAAACCUACAACAGAGCUAUUCACAUGGAGCAGAAAAGAAGGUUCAAUUUCAUCGCUAUUUCAGUUGCCUCAUACCUCUCGAUGACACCACAAUACCUAACAUACACAAUACAGCCUUCUUGGCCCCAUGUUUCUCUUUGAGGCUCAGCAAGACCGGUUCUUCCUCCAGCAGAUGCUUCCGUUUCUUUCCACCCUGACAAUGCUGUGCCUUCUACAAAGAAAUGCCAACCACUUCCCUGCUACUCCCAGAGUGAAGUAAGGCUUGGCUCUUGCCCUCUGGACAGGAUAAUGAGCCAACACAUUCAUUACCAUAAAGUACACCAUCAAACUGUGAACAUGAAUAUUCCAGAGACUGGAUUAUACAUGAGCAUGGGAAAGAAGCAUGUAGUUAAGGACAAAGUAUCCAUGUCCUGAAUAUUCAUAGGGAAACACCUAUCCUAGGCAAAUUGUAGCAAUGGAAAGAAGGGAGAAGAUGCCUGUGAAUAUCCACAUUUUUCAAAUGCAUAUACUUGCAAGUUUUUUAAUAAAUACUCUGCAUUUAGUUAUUUUUCUUUUUAAUACAGUGUGAGGCAUGUUGCUAUAUAAUGUAAUAAAAACACUUUAUAAUUUGUUACUGAGCUUUAGAAAUAAUAAAAUCCCUUUGUGUAUAUUGCAGUCAAAUUUGCAGAAUGUGUUUUGUGUAUGGUAUUAGUAUAAUUGCUGACUGUUUUCCAAUGUAUGAAUAAUUUCAUUUUUGUCAUGGUUCAGUUGUUUCAAGACUGCCUACUAGGAUACAUUACAAGUUAGUAUGGUGAGGCUUUUAUUAAUAGCACCUUCUCAGAUGAGAGUAAUGGCUAAUUCCUCUGACGUUUUUGUAGAUGGUGAACUCUUUGAACGGGAAGGACAAAAUGUGAGGUGCUGAUAAUUUCUUACCAUGUUCAUACUACAAGUUACUGAUGCUGUAAAACCAUAUUGACUACCUAUGGGAGGCGCUCAGAAGAGUUGUAACUUUCAGCUAUUUAUCUCCUGAUAAAUUUCAUUUUAGGUAACAGUGCUGGUCAAGAGGAAGCAGAAAUUGCUUCUGAAGAUUUCAAGUGAAAACAGCUAUUAAAGUUCAUAUAUUUAUUAACUACAAGUAAAAGUACUUCUUUGAAGCAUCAGAAAGCUCCCAAUCUGUCAACCUGCUCAGUGUACUUUAAGCGAUGAACAAAAAUAGUAAUAAACUAAUUUAAAAUAA